UAUAUAAAAUCUUAUCUACAGAGAUAAGGAAGACACUUGUCCUGGGACUUUACAAAACAUCACCAUUUAAUGACAAAAAAUGGGGACAUUAUAUUGCCUUAUUUCUAUUUUCUUUCUAACACUUUUUGUCGGCCUAGGUGCAUCAGUAAAUGUCUACUAUAUCCCAGAUACAUGCAUUCCAUUACUACGUGACAGAUGUUCCAACUUGACACGCACUGUCCUCUGUUACGAUGGACAAGUAUUCGAUGACUGGUGCUCUUUCGCGAAUGCUGGAUGUGAUGGAAAGCUUCGUCCAAAUGUUACAACUGUACAUCUACCUGUCAACGCCUCUUGUGUGGUAAUAUUCCUCAUUAGGAAUCACGUAGCAACACAUCGUCCACAUACAACAACUCCCGUAACACUGACAGCAUUUGAAGAACAUUUCUACAAUGCAGCAAUUCAUGGAAUCGACGAUCUUUUGAUUAAAGCAAAUGCAUCUGGAGCAACCAUAGAUGUACAGAAAAAGAUUUUCUCUGUACAAGAUCACAACCAAAAGCGAUACCUGCGAAGUGACAAAUGUUGGGCAUACUCUCUUGACUUAACCCCGAUAUCUCCGUGGAAUAGCAUGGGCCACACACGAAAAGCGGGAACUUUGAUAAGCCCACGCCAUGCUCUAUGGGCCAGACAUUACAGUAUGAAGGUAAAUACCACUCUUCGAUUUGUUGACAAGAACAACAAUGUUGUAGACAGGUGUAUCGUCAAAACGAGCUUAAUUCCAACCCACGGACACCCGUAUCUACGAGGAUAUGACAUAGUUGUUGGUGAACUAGAUCGGGAUGUUCCGUCAACAAUAUCCUUUGCAAAGGUGUUGCCUAGAAAUUUGACGACCAUACGUCCUGGACGUGUUCACAUUCCAGUAUUUGAUACCGACUUUGAGGAAAAGGCGCUUGUUGCUAAUCUUAACUACGAGAGCAGUAAUAUGAUUUGGCUUGGUACACCGUCGCAUUCUUCUAUUCGCUAUCCAUUUUUUGAGACGAAAAUUAAGGGUGACAGCGGCAAUCCAGUGUUUCUAGUUGUAGACAGUGAACUAGUGCUACUGUUUGUAUUUACCUACGGUGGAAGCGGUGGUGGAACAUCAAUCACUUACCAUUAUGACGCGGUCAAUGACAUCAUGAAGCGUUGGGGCACAGGGUACCAGCUCACAGAAGUUGACUUGACAAAAUACCUCGACACGGGGAACCAAAUUCCUAAUAUUAUUGGAUAAAUCCAAACUCAAAUUAAUAUCCACCAUAUCUACAUAUGAAGUUCAAUACCUGAAUAAAAUUAUUAAAUAUAA